AUGGUCCCGAAAGACGCGCCGGGAGGGCACGGGAUGGGAGGGUGCGGGUGGAUCAGGGGGCCAGAGAUGCCGGUGGGGCCAGCGGGCACUGGACAGGAAUUAAGUGAUCUACAACGAGACCCACCUGCUCAUUGUUCCGCUGGACCCGUGGGGGAUGACUUGUUCCACUGGCAAGCAACUAUUAUGGGACCUCCUGAUAGCGCCUAUCAAGGUGGAGUCUUCUUUCUCACUGUACAUUUUCCGACAGACUAUCCUUUUAAGCCACCAAAGAUUGCUUUCACAACAAAAAUUUACCAUCCAAACAUAAACAGUAAUGGAAGUAUUUGUCUUGAUAUCCUGAGGUCACAAUGGUCACCAGCUCUGACUGUAUCAAAAGUUUUAUUGUCCAUAUGUUCUCUACUUUGUGAUCCUAAUCCAGAUGACCCCUUAGUACCAGAUAUUGCACAAAUCUAUAAAUCAGACAAAGAAAAAUACAACAGACAUGCAAGAGAAUGGACUCAGAAAUAUGCAAUGUAAAGUCAAAAAAAAUUUCAUAUAUACCAGAGUACUGUAAAAUCUAGGUUUUUUUCAACAUUAGCAGUAAAUUGAGCACUGUUUACUGUUUCAUUGUAUCAUGAAAUCCUUUGAUUUUUACCCAUUUUACAUGUAUUUCUGAAGCAAGACAAAACAAACUUCCAAAAAUACCCUUCAGACUGUGAUGAGAGCAUUUGUCAUUUUGUAUGCAUUGAGAAAGACUUAUUAUGGUUUUUAAGAUACUUGGACAUCUGCAUCUUCAGCUUACAAGAUCUGCAAUGCAUCUGAAAAGCAACCAAAUUAUUUUUUGCUGAAACUAAUUGUUUUUACAUGAGAAAUGCUGUAUGUGUUGUCUAAGAUGUCAUCAGUUUUAUAAAUCUGUAUUCAGAUUCAUUCUUUGUUAGCUCACUUUAUAAUUUGUAUUUUUUUACUGUAUAGACUAAAUAUAUUCUAUUUACAUGUAUGUCAACGCAUUACCUUUUUCCUGUGAACAGUAUUGAAAAAACCCAACAGCUGGUAAUUAAAUGAAUUAACUGUCUGUCUCCCUUGUCUUAGGGUAAUCAGUAGAUUGAUUCCAGAUUUCUUAAACCUGAAAGGAUCUUUACACUGUAAUUCUCAGUAUCUUGAUUAUGGAGAAACACUUGUUUUGAUUUUGUUAUACUUGACUUAACUUUAUUGCAAUGUGAAUUAAUUGCACUGCUAAGUAGGAAGAUGUGUAACUUUUAUUUGUUGCUACUCACAUUUGAGUUUUUCUUCUGUAUAGGCAAUGUUAUAUUGACACCUUUUACAGAUAUUAAUGUAGCUUUUUCCAUAUAAAUAAAAUGCUUUUUCUACUAUUUGUCUUGAUUACUUAAAGAAAUAAAUUAUCUAUAAGUAAGGAUCAAAACUAUAAAAUUUUGCAUGCAAAUUAAUUCCAAAUUGUGCAAAUGAGGUCUAUUGUAUUUGAUAUUCAUUGCCAUUAAUUAUAUAAAUUUUAUUGCUUUAGAUUUGUAUUUGUUUACCAUAUUAUUAGUCUAGAGGAUGGAACACAUUGGACCCUUGUUAUAGAAGAGAAUUUAGAGUAAGUUGGGGUUUGUCUUGGAUCACAUUUUAAGUGAAUCAUUUACUAAGGUACUGUGAUGAAUAUAAGGCAGUGUCACCCACACUGAAGAAAGUAUUGACCUGAAAAAUAGUUUAAUUAUUAAAAUGCCCCUCUAGGUAGAAUGGACAUUGUAAUUUCUUAACAUUUUAAAAUCUAGAAUUUUUAAAAUAGCAGUUUAGUGCCAUCACAGUUUGAAAGAAGACAUCCAUUUUUUACUAUAGAUGUUAUAAAGAAAAUUCUAAAAUGAUGCUUUCCUCUGUUUUUAUAAAUUUCCAGUUAAAAGUGGCUUAAAUAAGCAGGUUAUCUUUGCAGAUUUUAAAGAAAGCUAGAAAGUUCUAACGUUCUAACUUGGAAAAAAAAUACAUUUCUAAUUAUUUAGCAUGCUUACCAAACUUUGAGUGAGUGUCAUUUUUAAGAAGAGUUGUAGCUCUUUGGAUUAUUGCAGUAGCUGUGUAAGUGUGCAAGAAUCUGUGAUGGAUGUAGUCAUUAGUAAAGCAUUUAAAUCACUUAAGCAUUUUACCAUGGAUCAUUAUUAUUAAAGCACAAAAUAACCCAUUGUUAGAACAUGUGUUUUUAUAAAUGAGUGUAAAAAUAUUUAAAUGAAUUGUGAGAUGGAUGUUUAAGAAAAUAUAGGUUUAAAAAGUAACUAUAUUAAGUAAUGUCUUGAAACAAACAUAUCAUGAAAAACACUGCUUUACUAGGUAUAUGAUUAUAAGCUACAUUCACCCAGAAUUUGAACACUCAAGUUCAUUAGAUUUAAAUAUUUAGUAUAUUUUGAUAGUAAAGGAUUUUGUUUCUUGAAUAUCUUUCACUUUUUAAAAAACUUUGAUUUGUGUGACAUUUAUUUUUGGAAGUGUCUUUUUUUUCCUUUAUUAAAAGUUUUGAAACUCACCUAAUU